AAACCAUUGAGAACAAUCACAACCUCAACCGUGUUCACAACCAACAUCACAUUCACACGUCUUACUAUUGUUCUCUUCCCUCUACCCAUCUUAACUUAGCGCCCUCGCGGCACAGCUUUGUUAUCAUCUUGCGCAAAUCAUGUCCUUCAUCUAAUCUUAACCAUUUUGAUACCCCUUCUCUUUCUACUUAUUACUCUCCUUUGCAACAUUUACUUGUUCAAUAACCACCUAUCUUAAACAUCGCAACCAUGGCAGACACCCAGAAUGGAUUCGCGUCUGCUCCCUCUACGCAGCCAGAGACAUCCUUCUCUGCGAACCGAACUCAAGCAGCGCCCUCCUUCUCCGUGCGCCCGCGACAGAACCAUUUGUCACCCCGAGCAACCUCUCCCUCCGCGCCCACCAUCCCGCACGAUCUCUUCCCAGGCGAAACCCGCUCCCUCUCAGGAAUCGCCCUCCGCGCAUUUCUCCUCGGCAUGAACGCUGCGCUGGGCUACACUCUCACCCUCGUCCUCCUCUACUACGACUCCCGACUCUGGCGCCCGGCCUUCUUUGUCGGCACCCUCUGCACAUUCCACUUCCUCGAGUUCUGGACGACCGCGCGAUACAACACCCCCGCCGCAACCACAAGCUCCUUCCUCCUCACGAACGGCGCCCGCUACCGCCAGGCCCACACAUUCGCAUUCAUCGAGUCCCUCCUGACAUCCUACUUCCUGCCCCACUGGCAAUCCCGCGUCAACCCUCCGCUCGUAAUCGCACUUGGCGUCGCUCUUAUCCUCGUCGGACAGGUCGUGCGGAGUCUCGCGAUGGUGCAGGCGGGCACCAACUUCAACCACCACGUCCAGUCUCGGAAGAACGAGGGCCACGUUUUGGUCACCGAGGGCCUAUACGCUAUCUUCAGGCACCCAUCGUAUUUUGGGUUCUUCUGGUGGGGUCUGGGAACGCAGGUUGCGUUGGGGAAUACAGUCAGUUUUGUGGGAUAUACGGGUGUGCUGUGGUAUUUUUUCCAGCAUAGAAUUAUCAACGAAGAAAUAUAUUUGGUCGCGUUCUUUGGCAAGGACUACGAGGCGUAUAGAGCUAGGACAAGGGUAUGGAUCCCGUUCAUUCGGUAGCGCGGCGGCGAUUCUGCAUAGAUACCCCCAUUUUCCUCCUUCUCCCGACUUUUCAGAGUUUGGAUACACAGCGUACCAUCAAUCUAUAGGGAAGAAUAUACGCAAUACGGCGCACUACCAAUUUACAUGCGCUUUCACCCACCAGUG